CUGCUGAUUGCGCAGUAAAGCUAUCUCAACCAUUUCCGUAUUUUGUAAUUGGGUUCAAAAUCCACCCCUAAUCUGACGUGCUUAAUUAUGCUGGCUCUUGUUCUGCAUAGGCCUUGCAAUGAAUUUUGCAGUCAAAGAAAAGCAAACAAAGAUCAGUAAUAAUAAAGGUAGAUGGACGCAUGCAGAGGACGUACGGUGUCGUUCGAGCGAGAAGAAAGGUGCCUGGCCUCACAAUAACGCAGUUUGCGCUGUUUGCCUUUGUUAACGGGAGAAGUACGCAGGGGCAGAAGAGUAAUUAAACGGUAAAGGUCGAAGACCGACGUCGUUUAUUAUGAGAAGCAUCAGCGAGAAGGGCAAUUUUAAGUUGUAUUUUAGGCAAAGGGUACAGAUAAGAGAGAGAGAGAGAGCGUCACUUCGAUAUUGUGCAGUACCACACCAAACCAAACCCUAGGCCAUGGAUCGAUCCUCCUCUAAACGCUCUCGCGACGACCGUGACCACCGUGAGCGUGAGCGUGAGCACAAACACAGGUCCAGAGAUAAAGACGGAGAGCCCGAUUCUCAUCGUCACCACCACCACCACCACCACAACCACAGAUCGGACCGUGAGCACCACAAGUCGAGGCGUGAGGAGAGAGAGAGCUCUCGCGAGCGUGAAUUAUCGAAGAGCGAACGUUCUUAUGAACCAAGAGAACAGCGAGAGAGGGAGAAGUCACGUGAGAGAGAAGUGAGGAGAGAGAUUAAGGAGGAGGAGGAGAAUGAAGAAGUUUCUAGAAGGAAGAGAAAGGAGAGAGAUGGUGAAGAUAAUGAUAAUAAGGAGGCUGUUUCUGUUGUUAAUGAGAGUGAAAAAAGGGCUAGGGUUUCAUUGUCCGAACAACAAGAACAUAAGAGAGAGAGGAGGAGAUUUGGUGAUAAAGCAAAACCACAAGAAGAAGAUGAUAAUUAUGAUAUUAGGAUUAAAGAAGAAGUAGAACAAGUUAAUGAUAAUUUGGCAUCUGCUGGUGGUGGUGGUGAUGGCACUACUGCUAUUGGUGGCAUUGGAACUCAGAAUGGUCCUGCCCAGGCAUCAUUCACUAAGACAAGCAUUAUGGCUGAGAACUCUAUGGCCUAUGUUUAUCCUCUUCCUACCAAGGUAUCUUCAAUUUCAAACACAAAUGAAAAUAAGGGAGUUAGUGUUACCAGAUCUCAUGAGGUUCCUGGAAAAUCUAGUACAGAUGGGACAUCGUCAGCUGCUGGGAAAAGUGGAACUCUACCCCUUGAUGCUUUAGCAAAAGCUAAAAAAGCUUUACAAAUGCAGAAGGAACUUGCAGAGAAAUUGAAGAAGAUUCCACAAUUGAGCAAGGGUGCUAACUCAAGUUCAGAUAAUAAAGCUCCAGCUGUAAUGAAACCGCAGUCUUAUGGUAUUGGAGUUACACAGGGGUCAGCUCCAUCAAAACCGGUUGCUAGUGUUGCAGUAGGGGCGUUGCCAAGUUCAUCACCUGCAAAUGGCGUGGCUUCUGUUCCUGGACUUGCUAGUUUACCCAAUAUUGAAGCUGUUAAGCGUGCUCAGGAGCUUGCUGCUAAAAUUGGGUUCCGUCAGGACCCUGAGUUUCCUCCUCUUAUAAACUUGUUCCCUGGACAGGUGCCAGCAGAAGUUUCUGUGCCACAGAAGCCUACAAAGGCCCCUGUUCUUCGUAUAGAUGCACUUGGCCGAGAAAUAGAUGAACAUGGAAAUAUAGUGAAUCUGACUAAGCCAAGCAACCUUAGCACACUGAAGGUGAAUAUCAACAAGCAGAAAAAGGAUGCUUUUCAGCUUCUUAAACCUGAAUUAGAUGUUGAUCCUGAGUCAAAUCCUCACUUCGAUCCAAGAAUGGGUAUAAAUAAGACUAAGCUUUUGAGGCCCAAACGGAUGACUUUCCAGUUUGUAGAGGAAGGAAAAUGGUCAAAGGAUGCUGAAAUAAUAAAAAUUAAGAACCAAUUUGGAGAAGAAAGUGCAAAAGAUAAGAAGGCAAGACAAGCAUUACAUGCAAAGGCAAACGUAGCUCCUGAUAUAAAUCCCAAUCUGAUAGAGGUAUCAGAGAGAGUUAUAAUCAAAGAAAAGCCCAAGGAACCGAUUCCUGAAAUUGAGUGGUGGGAUGCACCACUUCUGUCUGGUGGUACAUAUAAUGAAAUUGAUGACUGCAAUAUAAGUGAUAAGCUGAAGAUGGAGAAGAUCACAAUCUAUAUAGAACACCCACGUCCCAUUGAACCCCCUGCUGAGCCAGCUCCACCACCACCUCAGCCUCUGAAGCUAACAAAGAAGGAGCAGAAGAAGCUUCGUACACAGCGUCGUUUAGCCCGAGAAAAAGAUAGGCAGGAGAUGAUUAGGCAAGGCUUGAUUGAACCCCCAAAACCUAAAGUUAAAAUGAGCAAUUUAAUGAAAGUUCUUGGCUCUGAAGCUACACAAGAUCCUACAAGACUUGAGAAAGAAAUUCGUACUGCAGCUGCUGAGCGUGAACAAGCUCAUAUUGACAGGAAUAUUGCACGCAAACUCACUCCUACUGAACGCCGUGAGAAGAAGGAGAGGAAGCUAUUUGAUGAUCCAAAUUCUGUAGAAACUAUUGUCUCUGUCUACAAGAUCAAUGACCUUUCACACAAGAAGACCCGUUUCAAAGUGGAUGUUAAUGCUCAUGAAAACCGCUUGACCGGCUGUGCUGUAAUUUCUGAAGGAAUGAAUGUUGUGGUUGUCGAAGGAGGAAGUAAAUCCAUUAAGAGGUAUGGGAAGCUAAUGCUUAGGCGCAUAAACUGGGCUGAGGCUGUGGAAGAAGAAGAAGAAGAAGAUGAUGACAUUGAGGAAAAGCCUGUGAACAAAUGUGUCUUGGUCUGGCAAGGAAGUGUUGCCAAAUUGAGCUUCAAUAAGUUUUCUGUACAUGAGUGUGUGACUGAAGCUGCAGCCCGGAAAGUGUUUGCUGAUGCCGGUGUUGCUCACUAUUGGGAUCUUUCUGUCAACUUCUCUGAUGAUUGAAUGUGAGUGCUUGCCUCAAUUGUAAUUUUCCUCAUCAUUAAUAUUUUUGUCAAAGUUGAGCUAUAUGAAACGUUUUGGCAGUGAAGAGUUUGAAAGUACUUUGAUGCAGUAUUUCAACCGAUUAUCAUCAGCUAAUAUAUUCUUUAGAGUUUCUGUAAA